GUCCUUUUCCUUCGCACGAUGAGCCUUAAGACCAGCCGCCAAGGCCGCGCUACGCACUGAUCCAGCGCUGCACACACACACGCGCACAAAACCGUGACCUGCCUGCCUGGUGAGUCACAGUGAGUGAGUCAGUCAGUCAGUGAGUGCGCUAAGACAGGCGCGGGAGGGCAAUGCGCGUGCAGAUCUCCGGCUGCAUGUGUGUGUGUCCUUGUGCCGCAGCUUCUGCUUCACUAGGCUGCCUGGCUCCUCCCCACCUCUCCCGGCAUCUGUCCCUUCCCUGCAGCUAGAUCUCUUUUGGACGUGGCCGUGCUCGCUGAGUGGCCGCUCGAGUGGUUGGAGCGAUGGUGCGUCGCGAGAUCAUCAUCCCGGUGAGCGGGGCGUCUUCAUCCCCCCUCCCGCGCCUCUGGCCCGGCGGACCUGCAGCCAACGACACUACCAUCACGAACGCCGAGGACGGCACCACCACCACCACCACCACCACCCCCUCCUGGGCGGCUGUCGGCCCGCUCGACGCCGAGACUGCCAGCCAGGACGGACUGACGCAGCCGCAGAAGUACAAGCAGCAGUUCUUCAAGACCAAGAUGUGAGCCAACACAACAUAACAUACACACCGUCAGCCAGGGCAGGGGAUGAGGGGGAGGGGAGCCACAUGCAGGCAGGCAGGCAGGCAGGCAGGCAGGCCGUGCGUCUCUCGUCGACUGAUGUGUGUGAGACAUGCCAUACCGAGAGACGGGACAGGCCGCGGGAUCUGCAUGCUAUGCUGUGUGUCGUGUUGCGCUGUUGGUUGCGUCAGGUGCCCAUGGGAGGUGCAGGGUCGCUGCCAUCGCCAAGCGCAAUGCAACUUCGCCCACUCGGCUGAGGAACUGGUACCUACACCGACAGAGCACCACUCACUCCACUGGACGGACCGUGAGUGUUCCGUGUUUCUCGUGUGUGGUGUUGCGUUGGAUCAGCGUGUGGCUCCAAACCUCACACGCACAAGCCUGUGCCCCAACCUGCUCAAGGUGGGUCAUGUCACCCACCCUCCACUCAGCAGACGGCUGUCUGGCUUGCUGGCUCAGGCAGACAAGACAUGCACCUCCCUGUCGUGUGCUGCCUGUCUGUCUGUCUGUCUGUGUGUGCAGAAGGGCGAGUGUCGCCGUGCGGACUGCCAGUUCGCUCACGCCAUCCGAGAGCUGCGAGCCACCGGGUGAGUGAGAGACUGCAUGCCAUGCCCACCGACACUCGAGUGCCACGUGUGCUGUGUGUGUUGUGAUGAAUCACUCACUAAUCAGGUCGUUUUACAAGACGAAGCUGUGCACCUUCUGGGGCAAGGGAGUGUGCAAGGCGGGCGUGACUUGCCGCUACGCCCACGGCCAGGAGGAGCUCGAGCUCUUCCUGCAGCUCAGACCGGACCCACUCGAGGCAAAGGCUAACAACACCAACAGUGGCAGUGGCAGUGGCAGCCAGGAGCAGGCCGACGACAAGAGCCUCAUCGACGACCUCAAGCACAUCCUCUACAAGAACAAGGCCACCACCGUCCUGCAGGCCAUCAACGAGUCCACUCCACCACCCCCACACAAAACACAGACCACCAGCACGGCCGACAGCCACCCCGACGGCGCCAAUCGCAGCGGCGGCAGUACCGUCGACGAGCGCACGGGCACCAGUGGCCCACCACUGAGCCACCCCCCCGCCCCCUCUCUCUCCUUCCCCACCAUCCUCACCGUGCCGACCAAGGCAGUGCGCCCCGGUCAGCAAGGCAGCCACCUGAUGAGCCUCAUCCGACCCAUCCACACGGCGAGCGACCCCAUCCCCGCCCCGCCCGCAUACGCACCCCUCUGGGGGGCUGACCACCACAGCCAGCAGCAGCACCAGCAGCAGCAGCAGCAGCAAGAUGGGAGCGGUGGAUUGCUGGCGCUCCUCACGGGAGGCGAUGGUGUGUCGGGGGUGGGGGUGGGUGCCGGUGCGGGUGUGCCGUCGGCUUCGAGCGAGCAGCAGCAUUUGCAGCAGCAGCAGCAGCAUCAGCAGUACCCUUUGCACCCCCACAUGAACAACCCCCACAUGAACAAACGCUUCUCCCCGUUCCAGGAAGUGACACGGAAGGGGGAGGGGGGUUUCAUGACCACCGACACCACCGGCGGCAGCAACAGACAGCCGCCCCACACGACUCAGGACAUCAGACCCACCACCCGACUCAGCGCAGGCCGACUGGGGGGCGGCAUCGAGAUCGACACAGAGGGGGACAUGGUGGCCCGUGACCACCAUGUGUGGACCGCCACCACCACCAGCAGCGGCGGCAGCAAGGUGGACGCAACGCCCAUGCCCUUCUACCAGGACCAGCCGGGUGCUGCGGCGGUGGGCCACAUCCCCAUGGCGGCCACAGCCUUCACCGUCACCCCCACGGCAGCAGCAGGGACAGGGACGGCGGGCAGCACCCCCACGGCCAACCCGCCCUGGCACCUUCCGUCGCUGACCAACUCGCCCGAGACGCCCUUCCUCCCCGACACCCCCGCGGACGCCGUGUGCAGCCCCAUCCAGCUCAUGCAGGUCUGCCAGCCCGCCGGCACUCAUGGCCACGUCCCGCCUGCCUGCAUUGGCGUGGGUAGUGGUGUUGGUGCCGUGUCUGGAGGUGGGAGCGGGUCGUCCCCUGUGAUGGGUGUGCACCGCAGCGGCAGCGGGGUCAGCACCACUGCGUCGACGCCAUCGCACGCCAGUGCCAACAACCCGGCGGUGGCUGUGUCGCCCGUGGUCAGUGAGAUUCACCGAUUGUCGCAGUGUGGUGUGAUACUUUCUGCAUUUGUGUCUGUGUGUGUGUGUUUAUGAAGCUCCCCGCUCACCUAUUGCGCAUGAGCAGCGGAACCAUCAAUGAGCACGGUAAGAGCAGCGCGGCACACCCGAGCAGCUCGCGUCGGCCGGUGUCGAUGGGAGUGUGUGUUGUGUUUGUUGUGUGUGUCUGUGUGCAGAGUUGAAGGCCGCAGCCCCGACCUACUACGAAGAGUGACGACUAACUGACGGCCGGCAAAGGAGACCCAAAGAACGAGGCGUUUCCUAAGCCGCCGAACGACCGACACACACACACACCCUCUUACAAACCGUAUGUAUACCUCCCACCCAUGCCUAUCGCAUACCUACUUGCACACUGCGGCUGCCUGCCUCCCUGCCUCCCCGGCUGGUUGCCUUGUCUCUUCUCCCUCUGUCUGUCUUUCCUGGCUUUUACUUACCCUACCUGCUUUCUUACCUGCUGACUGAAAUGGGUGGCGUGUGUGGUGUGGUGGCCGCAUGUUAACGGACUGAGUGAGUACACGUGUGCGACCACUCGGCUGGCCCGCCAGUGAGAGCGCCAGUGAGGCGGGCGGGUGGGCGGAUGUGUUUGGGGGUGUUGACCGAUGUGCCACUGACUGACUGACUCAUUAACUGACUGACUAUUACGUACUGGCGGUUUUGGUCUCUUGUCUCACUGGAUAGAUGGAUGGAUGCGUGGAUGGAUGGAUGGCAUGUUUGGGAGGUGCGGUGUGUGUGGUGUGUGGAUGUGUGUCCGUGAGUGACGUGACGUGACGUGACGUGACGUGAUGUGUGUAACGGGUAGCCUGUAUGGUAUGCAAUGGAUCGAUGGAUGGAUGGAUGUGCGUAUGGGUGUGGUGUGUGUAUGCCUUCAUACCGAUGUCAUCAGAUGCCCUGCUUGGCUUGAUCUGGCUGUCGGUCGCUGCGUGGGUGGCUGACAUGUUGUUCCGAAUUCACCUCACUCACCCACUCACUCACCCACCCACUCACUCACUCACUCACCGCAUGUCGCCCAUUCACCCCACCCCACCCCACCCCACCCCACCACACCACACACCAUCCGCCACUUAUGUAGGAGCGAUGCACACUCAUGGACGGAUUGAUGGACGAUGGCAGAGCCAUGUUUUCACAUGCCAUCACACACACACACACACACACUCAUGAUGCGUCGUGUACCGGUUCACUCAUUCACCUGUGUGGCCUGCCUGUCUCAUGGAUGGAUGGAUGGAUGGACAAGAGAGAGAGAGAGAGAGAGCGUGUGUGCGCGGGUGUGGUGUGGGGGUGUGGUGUUUUCUUCCCGAGCAGUCUGUCCGUCCGCACGUGCGAGCGCUUUCAAGCAGCAUGCACCCCUACACACACACAACUCAGAGAGAGAGAGAGAGAGACACAGAGGGAGGUGUGUCAUCGUAUCGUCCCAUUGGGGGGAUCGCGAUGCAGCAAAGUGCAUUUGGUGGUUUUUUCUUCUCACGCACAAAGAGACGCUGGAUCGCUCGAUCGUUGGAUGUGACGACCCACCUACAAUGACAGCCAGAGAGACAGAGAGACAGACAGACCGCCGCUCUUUAGUCCCUUUACGUGCGUGGCAUGGCACAAACAUCGCAGAGACGACACGAGAGGAGAGCGAAGAGAGGACAGACAGACAGACAGACAGACAGACAGGUCAGCUCCUCACUCCAUGGAUGGAUGGAUGGAAAGGGGCGGCGGUCUUUGGCGAGCCUUUUAGCUCAGUCCAUUCCUCAUCCUUAUAUGUAACACUGCUGGCUGCCGAGCUGUUUGAGUCCACCACACCAGUCCACCGAUAUACCAACUGAUUGAUGCGCCCUGGUUCACUCCUCCCAUCUCGUGCAUGGCACACAGCGAGCAGACGAUGAGUGGGUGAAAGAGUGUGUCAGGGCGGAUCGUCCGUCGCCACGGAGUGAACAACACUCCUGACGGAAACAGACAGACAGACAGACUUAUAAAGUGCAAGGUGGUUUUCUCAUGUUUGGCGGUCGGCUGAGCGGUGUUGCCUUUUUGUGUUGGUGGACAUGGUGUGUUAUGGUGUGUCAUGGUGUAUGAUGGUGUGUUGUGGAUGGAUCCUGACUCUGGCGGCUCACAUACCCACCGAUUUACCCACCGACAGACACGUCGGAGGAGGCAGUGAGUGAGUUAACUACCGAGGCGCCGGAGUGAGCGAAUACAUGCGAUGCAGGUCAUUGUGCGGGGCGUGUGCGUGUGUAUGGGAGGGCGGAGAGUACCGGCUGGCUGGCUGGCUAUUUUACUGGCUACAUGGCCAUGGAUGAUAUGCUUACUUAGUUGCGGUUGCUGCCAUGCCACACACUGACUCACGGUGCUGCUGCUGCUGCUGAUCUGUCCUCCCUCCUCCUUCUAACCUUGCUUCAUUGCGCGGCCACAGAGAGGGGAGCGGGGGGUACGCCGGGCGGCCAGACGCCCAACUUUCUCACUCACUCACUUACGUACUUGCGUGGCGUGGUGUGGUGUGUCUGUGUGACUUUUUGCUCAUCCUGCAUGCAUGGCUCGUUGUGUGUGUGCAUCCCUGCUGUCUCAUCCCUGCCUCCUUCUGCCCAUUACCCGUCCACCCACAUCACUCACACACGCUAUUCUUCCCUUGAAACCUGCCUGUCUGCCUGUCUGCCUGCCUGCCUGGCAUGUCUGUCUCGCCUGUCUGUCUGUCUGUCUGUCCGUCUGUGUGUCUGCACGUCUCCAUCCAUCCGUCCGCACGUCGCGUCCCUGCACGCACGUCUCUCUCUCUCUCUCUCUCUCUGUGCGUCGGUCUAUCCCGUCUUGUCCUGUGGUGUGUGUGUUGCUUUCAAUCGCUCGAUGACGACUGUGUCUUCACGUUUUUCCACCCUCGGUUGCGUAUCUGUCUAUGUGUCCAUGUCUACGUCUGUGCGUGUGCACACGUCUGCCUGUCCGCCCCACCCAGCGACAGACAGGUGGGCGCCAGAGAGAGGGGGCAGGGCUGGGUGUUCCAUGGCUGGCUGGCUGGCUGGCUGGGUCAUCGGGCAAGGAAGCAUGGUACGGUGCACCGGCAUUCGGCACUUUUGUUCCUCCUCGUGAUUUAACGAGCGGCAUGUACGGAUGGCCCCAUUCCCACACACCCACCCGCCUGCCCACUCUCUUCCCCAUCCACGUGUCUCCCAUGCACACGGGCCUCUUCCUGCCUCCCUGCCUGGCCUGUGCCUCUGUAGUGUCAAGAUGGCGGCCAGCUCUCAUCCGGGCAUCGCUAAUAACCUCCCUGCCUCUCUCCCUCGCUGCCUGCCUGCCUGCCUGCCGUCACACCUCUCUGUCCACGUUGAUGCGGCUGGCCGUGUACACUACACAAAACAUCACAUGGAUGGGAUCGAGUGGGUGGGAAGAUCGAUGUGGGGCGACGUAAGUACGUUAAGUACGUAAGUAAGGAUGUAUACGUGUGUGUAUGUGUAUGUGUGUACGUACGGAUGAGUGUACGUAUGAGUGUGAAUGAAUGAAUCAAUCAAUGUUGUAAUUUGCUCGCCGGGUGCUCGGUUUGAGUGCACGGACGGUGCAGCAGAGUCUUGGCGGUGCAUAUGCAUGUCAUGUGCGAUUUCCCUCCUUCCUUGCCUUCCUUGCUUGGAUCGAUCCAUACAUAUAUGUACCUUUUGUGUACGCGUAAGUACGUACCACCUAAUACCUACCUAUCUACCUAUAUAUGUGUACGUGUGUCCCUGUGUGUCUAAGAGAGUGUGCAAGAGUGAGUGAGUGAGCGAGUGAGUGCCCCCUUUCUUUCCUUUAUCCAUAUCUUUCUGUAAUAUCGAUCCGUCCGAAACGCACGCGCCCGCCAGUUGUUUUUUGCAUGCGAUUUUGAGGGCUGCAUUGACUGAUCGAUACAGUGCAGGCCUUGCAUAUUCCCCCUCACUGUGUCACUCGCUCGCUCGCUCGCUCGCUCGUCUGUGGCUGUGUCUGUGUUUGCCUGAGUGUGUGCGCGUGUGUGUGAGUCGGUAAUGGCAUACUGGUGGGAUAUCCAGCCAUUGGCCGAGCGACGGACCAUCCUACCGUCCGUCUGUGAGUCUGGGUGUCCGUGUGUAUCUCUUCUUUCUUCCUUCCUUCAUUCGGCUGCCUGCUUGAUCCGUUCGUUCCUCAUUCAUGUUGAUAUGCCUUCAUGGGCACACGUGCAUACGUUUGGCUGACUGACUAGUGAGAGCCGCAGACAGAAACAGAGAGGAGAGCGGGGGCGGGGGGAGAGAAAGGUUCCAUGUGUGCAUGCGUCUGUGUCGGUCGAUCGCUGCUGCGUCACUCACUCGCCUCACCCGCUGACUGCUGCCCCGUCCCCUACACUCACCCUCACACUCGCUGCCAUUCCAUCCCAUCGUCCAUCUACCCAUCUACCCAUCCAUCCGCAGACCUCCCUCUGCCCCUUCUUGCUACUUGCUACUUGCGUGUCCUCUGUCGUCCGUCUCGUGUCGCGUGUCAUCUUUCCUUUGUUGCCCUACCAUUGACCGCCUCUCUGUUUGCCUGUUUGCCUGGUCUCCCUCUCUUCUCCCCUCUUCCCCUCCCCGUUCCUCUGCGCAGCAGACGCCCGUCUGGAGUGGAUACCCUCGUUUGUCUCUUUUUUCGCACCCUGCUGCCCUCCCUCCUCGCCGUUGAAAGCAAGGGGUCACUCACUCAACCACUCCCUCACUUACUGGGAUGGGGACAGACACAGAGAGAGAGAUGCAUGAGAUCAGUGUGGGUGUCGUUCGUGAGUGAGGCUGUCUUGUCCAUCUGGCCAUUCAUCCAACCAUGCGACCAUCUUUCUAUCUAUCCUUUUUGGGCCCGCCCACGCUCACUCCCGUGUCUGUGUGUCCAUGUCUGUCUGUCUGUUUGUCUGUCUGUCUGUCUGUGUGAAUGGACAUUCAUCGAGGUGUGUGACGGUGCCCUAGUGCGAAUGGCAUGUGCGAUUUUUGCCGCGUGUGGGAAGCUAGGGAGCCGGGCGACAACAGAGGCCGGGAGGCCGAAGGGGGAGGGAGGGAGGGAGCGACGGAUGGAGGGUGCCUAGUUAUGUACACUUUCAUGGCUGGCUGGAUGCAGUGCAGCCAGCAGACAGGUGAGUGAGUGGGUGGGUGGUAUUUGUGUACAUCACCCGAUGUGUCAUGGGCGUGUGUGUGUGUGUGUGUGUCUUCCUCUCCCCGCUGCCCAGUGGCUGGUUGGUCGAUUGGUCGGUUGGUUCUUCUGUCCAGGUGCCUAGCACAGGGUAGCGCGAUCGCUCGUACGCACUUACACACACACACAUGUCGUUUUGGCCGGCAGGUCCACGCAACUGCAGGUCAUUAUAAGCGACAGGCAGACAGGCAGGCAAGUCACCUGGACGUCAUGCGUGUCCCUGUGUGCGUCUGGAUUGGGUCGAGCCAUAUCCCACCCCACCCCCUGCAGGCAGACCUAGACCAGACCUAGACCUACCUUCUCUCUGGUUUCUUGCUCUCACCCUUGUCGAUCGUUUUUAUUCAUUUCAGCGACGAAUGCCAUGGCAUGGCAUGGCAUGUCUGUGUCUUUCAUGUGGGUGUGGGUGUGUUUGUAUGCUAUGUUGUACCUAUGUCUUCCCUUGGUUCUUUGACUCGUCACUCAGGGAAGUGGACGUGCGGAUGGAUGGAUGGAUGGAUCAACAUCAAAUGGGUGGGUGGGUGGGCUGACGGCUGUGCGGGACACACCGGCAUCCAUCCAUGCACCCAUCCAUCCAUCCAUCCACCCACUCUGUCUGCCGUAAGUCCUUUUUCUCACCAAACGACUCUUCUAUUCUCUUCUAUUCGCUUGUCUCUCCACCUUCCUAGUCCGUACGUAGUCAGUCGAAAGCCGCAAGAGCACCGUUUGUCGUAGUCAGGCACUUUGCUCGAUCGACCAUAUAUGCGCCCUUUUUCACCACCGCCGCUCCAGAUCUUUCUAUAUCUGUCUGUCUCUCUCUCUCUUUCUGUGUGUGUAUGUGAGGGCCUGCCUCUGCCACCAUCUGAGCUAAUCGCUGGCCUGGCUCCCUCGUGCGUGUCGGCCGACAGCUGUGGGGAUCUUUAUCUAUACGUCUCUAUCUCUCUCUGCCUACCUAGCCUUCGUGUGUGUGUGUCCGUCGCAGUGAAUGUGCUUUUAUCUUUGUCUGUCUCCCCCGCCCCACCCCCUCCACCGACGCACCCUAGUCCUGCUUCGCGCAAGCACUGAUCUUCCUCUCUGGAUGGCAACACUGGUCUCACGGAGAGAGAGGGACAGACAGGGGCGGGGAGACACUCUCACUCCUUGUCUCAUUGGUC